ACCCAAGCGUGCGCGCAGCAUGCGGUCUAUGAGUAUUUGCCAAUUCCUAACUGCACGUUCCGCUUUAUUUUAACCAAGAAUAAGCUGGCGACGGCAAAACAUUUAACACCAUUAAGCCUCGGCUUUCCCCAAGCGGCACAAGCGUCCGUUGUAUACUGUAUGUGCACCUUAUUCGAUCAAGGGCUUCCCCAGCACCAGGUCACCUCACCCAAUAUGCCCCCUUUAUGUAGACAGGCCCAUCCCCGUAGAUCAUGGUGUGCUACCUGUCACUUCAUCAAGUCUAUCGUACCUUCUCGGCCCCGUGGCCAUAAUCUCCGCGAGCGCGUUUACUGUACAAAGCUGGUAACAUGCGUAGCAGCCUCGGUGUCGCAAGAAGCGGGAAGGUGGCACAAGCUGCAGGCGCAGUCGCCACUUCAACAGCAGCAGUGUCUGGAAAACGAUUCUAGCAUCAAGCCCCUGGAUGAUGUACCAAAGUUCCAGCAUCCAGUGUGGUCACAUAGACCAGUUUGCCAACAAGGACAUGGAAAGAGUUAUUGUACGCACACAACAGUCGAUGCGCGCAAUGGUCAUGGCAUGAGUAUCAUCGCGAUGGCCGUCGCUGCGGACAAGAUAUCAGCGGCAUUUCAAGCUCUAGGAAGUAACUUUCUCAACAGCGGAAGUGAUCUUGAGGUCCGCACGAUCCAAGGCAAAGGCAAAGGUCUUGUCACCCUAAAACCGAUCAAGAAAGGAGACACGAUACUACUAGAGUCUGCACGUAUUGUGGCAAGCUCACAGUUCCCUGCAACGGUAACUCGUGCCCAAGGCCAAACUCUCUUCAAUACUGUACUGGACCAAUUACCAGAAGCGGACCGCAACGACAUUCUUGAAUUGGACCAGAGCUUGGGCGGCAGCCAAAUCGAGGACAUAAUGAAAACCAACGCCUUUGCCUGCCAACUUGCCGACGGACACAUCGACGACGCUUACAUGUGCCUGUUCCCUUCUGUCGCCCGUAUCAACCAUGCUUGUAAGCCGAACGCACAUGCACGCUUUGUUCCCAAGUUACUCUCGAUGGAAAUCAAAGCCCAGAGAAACAUCAACGCUGGGGAAGAAAUCGAUAUCUCAUAUGGCAAGAUUGACUUGAGACAUACCGAGAGACAGAAACUAUACAGAGAAGGUUGGAACUUCACGUGCACAUGCUCGCUAUGCACUGCCUCGCUAUACGAGAUGAUGGGUAGCGACCAACGACGCGAGAGGUUCGCCAAGCUGCGUCACAUGCUUGAGAACCUAACACCGGAAACUUAUGACGCGGCACAAAUCAUCGCAUGGGAGAAGGAAGUCAUGGAGAUAAGCCAGACUGAGGGCUUGGAGAUACUGUUAGCCCAAGAUUACGAGAGAUUGGCGUACGUGUACGCAGGUCAUGGGAUGAUGCGGGAUGCAAGAGUCUGGGCAAAAAGGGCAAAAGAAAGUUUGUUGGAAUGGGUGGUUGUUGAGGGUGGCCCAGAUAUUGAGAUUCGAAGGGUAGAAGAGCUGAUUAAAGAACUUGAUGUCUAA